UUGACAGGGGCGGGCGGCAGAGGCAGCAGUUGUCAAAGGAACAGCAACAGCCAGCCAGCCUCAACGGACCCGAAUGGAGUAAAGUCAAAGCUGUCGUUUUAAACCGCCUUUUGUGUCUCUGCUUUCAAGCGCUUUUCACACCUUUGCAGGAAACAAUCAUGGCAGACGAACAGUCCACCCAGUCCUGGUCGAUUAACAGGGAUGACUACGAACUCAAUGAGGUGAUAGGAAGUGGAGCCACUGCAGUUGUUCAGGCAGCAUACUGCAAACCAAGAAAGGAGAAGGUGGCCAUCAAACGCAUCAACCUGGAAAAGUGUCAAACUAGCAUGGAUGAGCUUCUGAAAGAGAUUCAGGCUAUGAGCCAGUGCCACCAUCCAAACAUUGUGUCUUAUUAUACCUCCUUCGUGGUGAAAGACGAGCUGUGGCUGGUGAUGAAGCUGCUCAGUGGGGGCUCCGUGUUGGACAUCAUCAAGCACAUCAUCUCACGUGGUGAGCACAAGAACGGUGUGCUGGACGAGGCCAGCAUCGCUACCAUGCUGAAAGAAGUCCUAGAGGGGCUGGAGUACCUCCACAAAAAUGGACAGAUUCAUCGAGAUCUGAAGGCUGGAAACAUUCUUCUGGGAGAUGAUGGCUCAGUGCAGAUAGCUGACUUUGGUGUGAGUGCCUUUCUAGCUGCAGGAGGAGACAUGACAAGGACGAAGGUCCGCAAGACGUUUGUGGGGACGCCGUGCUGGAUGGCCCCGGAGGUCAUGGAGCAGGUCCGUGGAUACGAUUUCAAAGCAGACAUCUGGAGCUUUGGUAUAACUGCUAUUGAACUGGCUACAGGGGCUGCACCAUAUCACAAAUAUCCACCAAUGAAGGUGUUGAUGCUGACUUUGCAGAACGACCCUCCCUGUCUGGAAACUGGUGUCGCAGAUAAAGAAAUGGUGAAGAAAUACGGCAAGUCGUUCAGGAAGAUGAUCUCCUUGUGUUUACAGAAAGAUCCAGAGAAAAGACCAACGGCGGCCGAGCUGCUGAAGCACAAAUUCUUUACAAAAGCCAAGAACAACGAGUAUCUGCAGGAAAAGCUCCUGAUGAAAGGUCCAACAAUAUCAGAUCGAUCAAAAAAGGUGCGCCGUGUCCCCGGUUCAAGCGGCCGUCUCCAUAAGACAGAGGACGGUGGAUGGGAGUGGAGUGAUGACGAGCUGGAUGUGGAGAGCGAGGAGGGAAAAGCUGCCGUUGCAGCUCUGCGGUCACCCAGAGUGAAGGACGGCUCCCAAAACCUAGAGCUUUUCCCACCAGCAGAUGGCGCCACUCAUCUUCAGCCACCGACAGCAGCUCACGAGAGACCUGUGGCUCCAGCAGGAGAUGAGGCUCCACAGCCGGCUGCAGCUCAGCCAGCGAGCCCCUCACACGGGCCUGCUGCCCAGGAUUCUGCUUCCUCCAGUGUUCCCAUCAGCCUCGUCCUCAGACUGAGGAACUCCAAGAAAGAGCUUAAUGACAUCCGCUUUGAGUUCAUGCGCGGCAGAGACUCUGCUGAUGGAGUCUCUCAGGAGCUGGUCUCAGCUGGGCUGGUUGAUGGGAGGGACUUGGUCAUCGUUGCUGCCAAUUUGCAAAAGAUUGUUGAUGAUCCUCAAAGUAACAAAAAUGUGACCUUUAAGCUGGCGUCUGGUGUUGAGGAAUCUGAGAUUCCAGAUGAUAUAAAGCUGAUUGGGUUUGCGCAGUUAAGCAUCAGUUAAGUAGAGCAGAGUUGGCAAAAAAAGACUGAAACGUGGUUUUGCACAGCUGCAUUGUAGUCAACUCCAAGGACCCACUACUGCCAAAGAGAGGAGACUGAUGAAGGUGAUGAGGAAGCGAAGCCGGGGGAGGGAUAGAGCGAGGUUGGCAGGAGGGUGACACUACUGCAGGAUGCACGAGGACCACACAGAGGGGCUCAGCUCAUCACAGGAAUCACACUUGAAAUGUUUACAGUGCGCUUAUACAGUUAAUGGGGGAGAAACUAAAUGCAAUCAACUAUUUUCAGCUCCUGAUUUCUUUUUACUUUUAGUCCUCUUCAUUUACAAGAACGAUCCAAACAAACGAUCCCCUGCCAGCACUGGAAAUGAUUGCCUUUUCUUUUCUUAAAAUCAGUUGUGCCACAAAGCUCCAGAGUGUCGUGCUACAUUCGUGCGGCACUUUAUGCUACACUGAAACUGAAAGGUGCAAGUUCGGCCUUAGUUACCCUGAUCCCCUCCUCCUUGAGUGUUUGGUAAACAAAGAAAUGCUUUCUUUAUAUAUCAAAGAUAUCUAACAAUAUCCCCAGAGGUUAAUGCAGGAUACUGUACCUUAACAUUUCCUACUAAAGUUUUCCGAUCCGGACUCUUGUACAAAGCAGUCAGAAGCGGCUGUAAGAAAUCGACCAGAACGUCAAUGAGGAGUUUAAGCCCUCUUAAAGUAUUCCAAUAUGAACAGCAGUGGCUCAGACUUUUAAUAAAACACUUUAUCCACUGGCAUUUCUGAUGUAGUGCACACAGGUUUAUUUUCUCUCACUGAACUCUGCCUAAUAUUCUUCUACUAUGCAAUAGUUCUGUUUGUUUCAUCAUAAUUGACCACCGGUUGCUGUUGUUUUGCAUAAAACUGCUUGUUUCUUUUGUGCGUGCACCUCGAAAGGAGUUCAUCACAGGUCAACCAUCAGAACGGGCAGCUUUAGGAACCUGCUGCUGCAAACUUAUUUGGAAACUACUAUACUUAAAACCUGACUCAUCAGCAGUUUGACAUGUGGGGGUGAUGGCUGUCUUUCUCUCUCUCUUUUUUUUUUUUUUUCCUGUAAGAAAUUAUUUAGCCCUAUGAUGACUGAUCACCUGACAGCUGCAGAGAAUCCUGAAUGCUGGUGACUGGUGUCGAGUCUGAGGUGACUCAUGUUACACGCUGACUGAGAGCGAACUUCUGUGGAGGCAUGCAUGCUCAAAACCUAGAAAUGUUCUUCCAAUGUCAAAUAAAGCUUAUAGGGGCAGUUCACUCAAA